CUGUUUCCCCCCCCGCCGCAGCAUGAAGAGCCCGGCCGUGGUGGGCGUCCUCUGCACCGACUCUCAGGGGCUCAACCUGGGCUGCCGAGGAACCCUCUCAGAUGAGCACGCCGGCGUCAUCUCCGUCCUCGCCCAGCAGGCAGCCAAGCUCACCUCUGACCCCACCGAUACGCCCGUGGUGUGCUUGGAGUCAGACAGCGGGAAUAUCAUGAUCCAGAAGCACGACAGCAUCACCGUAGCAGUGCACAAAUUGGCAUCCUGACCCUCAGGAACCUGCUCAGAGCUCCAGUCCCUACUCCAGCCCAGCUUCUCCUCACAAAGACCCCCACUUCCCUCUGCUGCUCCGGCGUGGAACGUGCUCCUAAUCCCAAACCUGAGCUAAAAGCUCUCCCUCUCCACUUAACAGCUCCCGUGCAGCUAUCAGGGUCUCCAACUCACAUUUUUAGUACUUAAUCUGCUGAGGAUGAAACGCAGGUCACUCACCAGGCUCGGGUGAUGAUCAGAUGAUAGUACGAGGUGUGUGUGUGUGGGGGGGUGUAUGUGUGUGGCCUUAUUUGUCAGAGAAAUCAAUAAAUGACCUGCAAAACCACA